AUGGCUUCCUCCAACAAAGAGUAUACCUUGCAGAACGAAUCGCAACGGAUUUUUGAGUCUUUGGUCAACGACAAAGGCCUUGAUCUACCUGACGAAAUCAAAGCAUUGGCCCACACCGUCAAAUUUACAGGCGAUGAGACGCAGCCUUUUUUCCCGGUUCCUUACAAAGUAGCAGAGACGCAAGCUGGUAUCAUUGGCAUAGUUGGCCUCCUUGCGAACGCGAUUGGCAAGGCUCGAUCUGGAGUUGAACAGGAUGUUGAGGUAGAUGUCAAUCAUGCGAUGCUUGGAGGUCUUGGGGCGCUCUUUUUCCGCCACGGCGGGGGUUGGUUAUCUGGCGACAAGGCCCAAGACGCUGCGGUACAACGAUGGGAUCACGGAAUGACGCGUGAAAUGUACCGACAACUAGGCACAAACGUUUACCAAACAAAGGACGGUCGAUGGUACCAGCUUCACGGAAGCAUGGACCCAACGGCGUUGCUUAAAAUGCUCGACCUACCACAGCAUGACGACAAAAACAUGGAUUUCAUGGGUAUAGUGAAAGUCUAUCAGGAUGUCAUCAAGAAUUGGGACUCUGAGCUCCUUGAUGACUGGAGCAACAACGUCUACCGAACGCCAGGCUCAAUUUGUUACGAAGUUGAGGAGUUUGCAGCCCACCCUCAUGGCAUAGCUCUAAAGGACGAACCCUGGUACAAGGUGAUCAAGCAGGAGUACUUCUCGCAGUCGCCCGUGGCGUGGCCCAAGACUGAUCCCAACGACCGUCGGCCCUUGGCUGGUAUCAAAAUUCCAGAUCUGUCUCGAGCCAUCGCUGCACCCACCAUCAGUAGGGUAUGCGCGGCUCUUGGUGCGACAGUCAUCAGAGUCAGCUCUGAAGUCAACACAGAGUUGCCGUUAACAUUGAUCGAUGGAUGUACAGCCAAGAUCAGCGUAGAUCUCAACCUGAAGACAUUCGAAGGACGGAAAAAACUCAUGGAGCUUAUCAAAGACGCGGAUAUUUUCGUUGAUGGCUAUCGUCCAUCCGUCCUGGAACAUCUCGGAUUUGGACGUGAUGCGGUUCUUGGACUCUGUGCUAAGAGAUCCAGAGGCAUCAUUUACGUACAGGAAAAUUGCUAUGGAUGGAAGGGACCGUGGGUCAUUCGCCCCGGCUGGGCACAGAUUGCGGAUACCGUAUCUGGAAUUGGCCGUAACCUCGCACGAUUCCACGGUUUUGAUGAGGCACAUCCAUUCCCAGGACCCAAUGCCGACUACCUGGCUGGCCACGGUGGAGCCGCAGGUGCUUUGCAGGCUCUUUACUUGCGCCAUAAGCACGGUGGCUCAUACGUUGUACAGUGUUCAUUGCUUGUAGCCGAUCUCUACCUACUCAACUAUGGCAUGUAUACCGAGGAGCAACAAGAGCGCUUGAAGAAGCGCAACGCCGAACUGAUGGGAACCAAACGACACUAUGAUGAAGUCGUCUCCACAAACAUCAAACGAUAUGCUAUCAAGGCAUUCGUCGCCGAUCGCAAAUACGAGACAGCUGUGAAGGAAGAGUAUUUCCAGACCAUUGACGGAGCUCCCUGGGGCCUGGGGCCGAUUGAUGUUGUACGCCCGCCUUUCAAAUUGGGCCACAAGCACCUCGAUUUUCCAAUUGGCGCGGCACCUCCAGGUUAUCACUUGCCUCAGUGGACUGUGGAAACCAACCAACAAUUUGUACCUCUGGCUCCGGCUACAAAUGGCCCGUAG